AUGCGUCAGGUCAAGAAAUUAGAAGAAGUCGCUCGACCCACCGAGCAGGAUCUCCUGGAAAGCAAGGUAGAUUCCCAGAUGGCUGCUGAACGCUUAGCUCCUCUCAUCCUCUUCUACUCAGAGAUCGAUCUUCCAUGGCACAAUUUGUCGGGUUGUCUCUUCAGUGCAGUCGAGAAGUUCUCGGAUGAGGCAGAUCUUACGAAGCUGGCGGAUGUGCUGAACGUGUCUGGCGACUCUUAA